CAGGGCAGCCACCUAGACCCACUACACAGGCUGGCGCUGCCCUGCCAGCUCCCCGAAACAACACCAAAAUGGCUUCAGACAGUAAACACAUCGCGCAGUUGACUUCUGAACUGUACUUCCUAAUAGCCCGAUUUCUCGAAGCUGGACCGUGUCAGAACGCGGCCGAGACCCUGAUAAGGGAGGUGGAGGAGAAGGAGCUGCUGCCCAAACGGCUGGACUGGACAGGGCAGGAACACCCUGGGACAUACGAAAAUUUGGUGAAGUUGCACAGGCACAUCAGCCCAGACCACCUACUCCAAGUGUGUUCUAGAGUAUGUCCACUGCUGGAGAAAGAGGUUCCUGCCAGCGUGCCUGGUCUCCACAGCAUCCUGGGAGCCGGCAGGCAGAACCUCCUGCGUACCAACAAGAGCUGCAAGCAUGUUGUGUGGAAGGGCUCAGCGCUGGCUGCUCUGCACUGUGGACGACCCCCAGAGCCUCCUAUUAUCUAUGGGAGUCCACCCAAUAUCGUGGAGACGAGCAAUGGGCGUCGGCUCAAUGGCUCCUACCGUCUACGCCAGCUACUGCCUACAGCUGUCUACCAGCACAUGAAGAUGCACAAGAGGAUUCUGGGACAUCUCUCCUCUGUCUACUGUGUCACCUUCGACCGCACCGGGCGACGCAUUUUCACGGGCUCAGAUGACUGCCUGGUGAAGAUCUGGGGCACAGAUGACGGGCGCCUGCUCGCUACGCUGCGGGGUCAUGCAGCAGAGAUCUCUGACAUGGCCGUAAGCUACGAGAACACCAUGAUCGCCGCUGGCUCCUGCGACAAAACUAUCAGAGUCUGGUGCUUACAGACAUGUGCCCCACUAGCUGUGCUGGAUGGACAUGCAGCCUCCAUCACAUCUUUACAGUUCUCUCCCCUUUGUAGUGGCUCCAAGCGCUACCUGUCCUCCACUGGCGCUGAUGGCACCAUCUGCUUCUGGCAAUGGGAUGCACGCACACUCAAGUUUGGUCAGAGGCCCAGUAAAUUCACAGAGCGCUCCCGUCCUGGUGUCCAGAUGAUCUGCUCAUCUUUCAGUGCAGGUGGUAUGUUCCUGGCCACAGGCAGCACAGAUCAUAUCAUCAGGGUGUACUACUUCGGCUCUGGCCAGCCAGAGAAGAUCUCUGAGCUGGAGUCCCACACAGAUAAAGUCGACAGCAUCCAGUUUUCACAUUGCAGCGACAGGUUUGUGAGUGGCAGCAGAGAUGGUACAGCACGAAUCUGGCAGCUGCAGCCUCAGGGCUGGAGGAGCAUUCUGCUGGACAUGCAGACCAAAUUACCCGGGAAGUACAACCCACCUCCGUUGGAAGACAAGGUAACUAAGAUGAAAGUUACCAUGGUAGCGUGGGAUCGCUAUGACAGCACAGUGAUCACAGCCGCCAACAAUCUCACCCUGAAGGUGUGGAACUCCACGACAGGAAACCUUGUCCAUGUGCUCAUGGGUCACGAAGAUGAGGUAUUUGUUCUGGAGCCACACCCCUUUGAUCCCAGAAUCCUUUUCUCAGCGGGGCAUGAUGGGAAUUGCAUUGUAUGGGACCUGACAAGAGGGGUCAAGAUCCGUUCCUAUUUCAACAUGAUCGAAGGCCAAGGUCAUGGAGCAGUGUUUGACUGCAAGUGUAGUCCAGACGGGCAGCACUUUGCGGCCACUGACUCCCAUGGACACCUGCUAAUCUUUGGCUUUGGCUCCAGCAGCAAGUACGACAAGAUUGCAGACCAGAUGUUCUUUCAUACGGACUACCGACCGUUGAUCCGGGAUGCCAACAAUUACGUGUUAGACGAGCAGACUCAGCAGGCGCCCCACCUCAUGCCCCCUCCCUUCCUGGUGGAUGUGGAUGGAAACCCGCACCCACCCAGGUAUCAGCGUCUGGUGCCUGGCAGAGAGAGCUGCAGGGAGGAGCAGCUUAUCCCCCAGAUGGGUGUCACAUCCUCAGGUCUGAACCAGGUAGUGAGUGAGCAGGCGAUGGAGGGGCCCAGUCCUCUGGACACCAUGAUCCAGAGGCUCCAACAAGAACAGGACCAGAGACGAGGCACUAACGACCCAGCUACUGCUCCAAACACCAGGUCCAGUCGAGGUUCUGUGGGCUCCCCCACAGAGGUGCACUCCCCGCCAAACGUGGGCCUGCGUCGCAGUGGGCAGAUUGAGGGCGUCCGCCAGAUGCAUAGCAAUGCCCCACGCAGCCAGAUGGCCACGGAGAGGGACCUAGUGGCCUGGAGCCGCAGGGUACUGGUCCCUGAGCUGGAGGAAGCUACUGUUAGGAGACAGGUGAACUGGCGUGAAGCAAAAGGAGAGGAGGAGAUUAAUAUUUACAGGUCGGAGAGGAGGAGACGCACAAUCCAUUCUCUCCCUAAGGAGAGCAGGGCUCACCCAACCUCAGAGUGCGUCGCUGAUGAGGGGAGGCGGAGCCAGGGUAACCAUGGCUACCACACGCGGGCUGCCAUGGAGGAGACGAGUCGCCAAAGCGCCGAGGUCGCUGACGACGACGACAGCACCUCCGAGGGAGAGGUCGAAGUGCGGCAGAUCAACGGACACUCCUCAGAGGAGGAGAAGGAGGAGGAAGGGAAGGAGCCCUGGCCAGAUGACCACAGUAGUUCAAGUGACUACUCAAGUGAUUAUUCUGACUGGACGGCGGAUGCAGGGAUCAACCUUGAACCGCCUAAGAAGAGUGUGAAAGUGAAAAAGAAAAGCAGUGGCUCGGAGGAGGAUGGAGAGAAGAAGAGGGAUGGGAAGAAAGAGAGAAAAAAAGAAAAGGCAGACAAGGAUGGAACUGUACCAAAGAAGAAGCAGCCAAAGGAGAAGAGGAAGAGGGCGGAGCUUCAGGAAGCAGGCUUAACUCUGGAGGAGUGGCUUCCGUCUUCCUGGAUCACAGACACCGUCCCCCGGAGAUGUCCCUACAUACCACAGAUGGGAGACGAGGUGUACUACUUCAGACAGGGCCAUGAAGCGUAUGUAGAGAUGGCCAAACAAAAGAAGAUCUACAGCAUCAACCCCAAGAAACAGCCCUGGCAUAAGAUGGAGCUGCGGGAGCAGGAGUUAAUGAAGAUAGUUGGUAUCAAGUACGAAGUGGGCUUGCCGACACUGUGCUGUCUCAAACUCUCUUUCCUGGAUCCUGACAGUGGCAAACUGACUGGAGGAUCCUUCUCAAUGAAGUACCAUGACAUGCCUGACGUUAUUGACUUCCUGGUUCUCCGGCAGCAGUUUGACAACGCCAGAAACAGGCAGUGGAGUAUAGGAGACAGGUUCCGGUCAGUGAUUGAUGACGCCUGGUGGUUUGGAACCAUUGAGAGCCAGGAGCCCUUCCAGCCCCAGUACCCUGACAGCCUGUUCCAGUGCUACAAUGUCUGCUGGGAUAAUGGAGACACAGAGAAGAUGAGUCCAUGGGAUAUGGAGCCCAUCCCAAAUGACGCAUCAUUCCCAGAAGAGUUGGGCAUGAGUGUACCAUUGAGUGAAGAGGAACAGAAGGAGCUUCUGUAUGUCCCUUUGGAAGGGGAGUGGGGAUCCCGCACACGCUCUGAAGAGUGUGAGCGCAUCAUCAAAGCCAUCGACCAGCUCUGCACCCUUGAUGUGGCUGCUCCGUUUGCCUUCCCUGUAGACCUACAAGCCUAUCCCACCUACUGCACCGUAGUGGCCUAUGUCACAGACCUCAGCACAAUACGCCAAAGGCUGGAGAACCGCUUCUAUAGACGCAUGUCUUCUUUAAUGUGGGAAGUUCGUUACAUUGAACACAACGCUCAAACCUUCAAUGAGCCUGGAGCAUUUAUUGUCACCACCGCCAAGUUUGUCUCAGACCUCAUGCUGCAGUUCAUUAAGGACCAAAGUCUGACAGACCUCAUCCCCCUCUACAAAGCUAUGAAGAAGUCUACUUUCUCUGAUUCAGAGAACGAGGAUGAUGAUGAGGAGGAGGAGGAUGAAGAUACUAAUACUCCUGGGACAUCAACUAGAAACCAAAGGGGGCGUCGUCCCAUAAAGCGGCAACUGCGAACCCGACCUCCGUCAUAUGACCCCCAAGCCUGGAGGGGGCGCUGUAAAGAGUUGCUGGACCUCAUCUUCCAGUGUGAAGACUCUGAGCCCUUUAGAGAACCUGUGGACACCCAGGAGUACCCGGACUACCUGGAAAUAGUUGAGUCACCCAUGGACUUCAGCACGGUUCUCAGCGCACUCGCUGAAGGAAAGUACCAGUCUCCUAUUGAACUCUGCAAAGACGUACGACUCAUUUUCAGCAAUUCCAAAGCUUACACGCCCAGUAAGAAGUCUCGGAUUUACAGUAUGAGUCUGCGUCUCUCUGCACUCUUUGAAGAGCACGUCAGCUCCAUCCUGGCUGACUACAAGGCCAUCCAUGGCCUGACAGACAAACUGACCAGGCAGGGUGCGGAGAAACAGACAAGGCACACCACGGACAGACAGACGCGGCAAGCUAUCAAGAGGAGAAGGAGGAAGAGUGAAUCUCCCGCAAGCAGCACAGCGUCCAGCCCAGAGAGGAAGCGACGGGUGUCAUCCAGGGUGUCAGGUAGGAGGGAGCCUUCACCAGCGCCUCCACGGUCCGCCUCUUUGAGGCAGAAUGUCCCCCUCAAACAACCCCCUCAGCUUUUGAAUGGGAAGGCCGACACGCAGGCCACAGGGCGUACACGCAGUGGUGCACGCCACUCCACACACUCACCCCCGUCUUCAUCACACACCCCUGCAGGCGCUGCACAGAGCACAUCAGAGCCCCCCACUCGCUCGUUGCGAACUCAUAACUCUGUGUCGACCUUGACUCCGCCAACUAGUGAACGCCCAACCCUCCCUCCUGCUGCAGAGAGUAGCAGCGGGGGCAGUACCCGAAGGAAACUCAGGACUCCUGUACGACACACGGCCGCCUCUCCUGUAAGCCCUUCAGCUCAGAACACAGCCCACCUGAAUGGACACAGUGCCCACAUGACCCUGGGUGUGGGAAGAAGAGGACGGAAACCCAGGAUCGACCCGCCUGUCAGUCCCCCUGAAAUUACCACUCCAGUGAGCUCUCCCAGACCCCGGGGCCGCCCCCCAGGGAAAAAGAGAGGCAGGAAGAGCAAGCAGGAACUGGAAGAGAUGAGGGGGAGGAGCAACCAUGGGAGCUCCACCCCUGAGGACGAGCUUGACCAGUCCACCGGCGAUGAGGGUGGGGUGUUCUCUGCACAGGAAGUGCCUGUGCUGUCUGACUCUGGCACGGUGGCGACACCUAGGCGGCGGGGCAGGCCCAGAUUGGUCAGAACUGAGGAAGCCCCUCCUCCACCAGCUGAGCCAUCUGAUCCAUCCCCGCUGAGGAGGAGCAGCAGGCGAGCCAAUGAGGAGGCCACGCCGCCCCCCCAGAACACUCCCCACCGUUCCCAUCGGAGGGAGUCUCCAAAGGAUGAGGAGGGGGAGGGGGCAGGGGCAGGGGCAUUAAUGCGCACACGUAACCAGGGGCGACGGUCAGCCUGGUAUAUGGAGGAGGACUCUGAGGAGGAACAGAGACAGCUGCUGUUUGAGGAUUCGUCAAUCACAUUCGGCACUUCCUCCAAGGGCCGUGUCCGCAAGCUCACCGAGAAGGCCAAAGCCAACCUCAUCGGCUGGUAAUGGAAACAGUGGAGCAGCCAGACACAGGGAAAGUGAGAAGGAGACAUUUCAAUUUGCUGCCUACAUUUGCAGCAUGGAGAAGAGGGCAAGAGAUGUUUUGCCUGAUAACUCCUAGCUUAUGGGUUGAAGAAGGUCAGGAGUGGUUUUGACAAAUCAUGUUCAGUGUUUCUGUGUGUGUGUGUGUGUGUGUGUGUGUGUGUGUGUGUGUGUGUGUGUGUGUGUGUGUGUGUGUGUGUGUGUGUGUGUGUGUGUGUGUGAGAGAAGGAUAUGACUAGUCCAGCUGCUGCUAUUCAAAGUUGAUAGAGCAACACAGCGUUGCAGGGAACUCUCCUCCAACCUCUCCUCCUCUUGACCCAGGAAGCACAUUAUCAUGCCAACUGACAGCCAUAUACUGGUUGGUUUCUUCUGUCUCCCCUCACGCUAUUGGUCCAUGUUGGAUCCUAUUGGCACUUACUGACUCCUCUGUUGACAGUCCUGUGACUCACUCCUGUCCAGUGAACCACUCCUCAUCUCCGUCUCACCUAAAACACUUUCUAGGGCAGACCAGGAUGAAAUAGUAGUUAAAAAACAGUUUUAGUACUUGAAAAAAAUGAGUACUGCUUGUUGUAUCUUA